UUUUACCUGGUCAUUUGAAGUGAUGUGAAAUGGUUGCAUUUUUGCUUGGUCAACUGGCAGUGUGUUACUUUAGAAAAUCAUCAUGUUUUGGUGACGAUAUUGUCUUUAAAGCUUGAAGAUACCUACGACUACGGUCAUGUAGUAACUAACUAAAUAGUUUAAAACAUAAAGAGGUUCCGCGGUUUUUCUGUUGGACAUGUUGAGAAUACAUUUCCCAGAAGCCCCGCUAGCGUUUGAUUGGCAUGCACACGUGCGAAUCAACGAACAUUUCCUAGUAUGAUAGGCGGGGUCAUGAUGUGUUUAACGCCUGCGCCUUAAGUUCGUGGUAACAUCGGCGGAUGCAGCUGUUUGGUACUCCGUCCCGCAUUAGAGGCUGAACCAGCCCUCGAUCACUGGUAAUGAAGCUGCUGCACCUGCUGCGCACUAACCCAUCCACGAUAGCAGCAUAAGAGAUUUUAACUCCGCACAACCCACCAUCUGCAGAAUGUAUCAGAUUGUCCCGAUUGGUCCUGGUGAGCAAGUGUACAGAGGCCCUCGUAGCUCACCGCUGAAGAAGAAGAUAGCUAAUGAGGGCCGACCCUUGGUUCUGGCUGGACUGUUUGGCUGUCUGUUGGUGUUGUCUGCCGUCAUUGCGUGGUGCUACUACUCAGCAUCUCUGCAUAAAGCCCAGCUGCUUAGGACAGAACAGCUGGACCUCAACAAAGAUGGAUUUGUCAUUCGCAACCAGAUGGGCGCUCCAAUAUUCAGCAUGAGCUUCAGGUCUGAUAAUCUGGAUCUGGACUCCUGCUCCAAGGAAGGAAAUGUUCUGAGCUGCUCACAGUCUGAUUCUGGAAAGAUCAACUUUUUCAUUCAGAAACUUCGUCUGAAGGACACGGUCAUGUGCUACCGUGUUCGCUGGGAGGAACUGGAGCAUGAGCGCACUGUGGAGCACGCCAUGGCUUACAACAGCUCCCACUGGUACGGCGGGGCGGAGAUGGCGAAGCAGCACUGGCCAAUUGUGAUCCAGGGUGAGGAGGAGCCACGUCCGUACAUCACCAGCGAUGUGUAUGCCAACCGCAAUGCCUUUGGUGGAAUACUUGAACGCUAUUGGCUGUCUUCCAACGCCACUGCAAUCAAGAUCAAUGACUCUGUGCCUUUUCACCUGGGCUGGUCGGAGAUGGACCGGGUGAUGCGCUUCCAAGCACGAUACCAGGAUUCACCCUUCCGACCACCACUUGGGCAGCCCGCGUUCCCUGAGCUCAGCUACCGAGUGUGUGUGGGGGCUGAUGUCACUUCCAUCCACAAGUACAUGGUACGUCGAUAUUUUCCAAAACCAAUCAAAGUCCCGUCCCCUGAAGUGUUCAAACACCCGGUGUGGUCGACCUGGGCCUUGUACAAGUCAGCUGUCAGCCAGGAGAAACUGCUGCGCUACGCCUCUGACAUCACCACACAUGGCUUCACUUGUUCCCACCUGGAGCUGGAUGACCGCUACACCACAGAUUACGGGGAGUUUGACUUUGAUCCACAAAAGUUCCCCAAUGCCAGCGAAAUGUUCGACAAGCUCAGAGAGGACGGAUUCCGGGUCUCUCUUUGGACUCAUCCAUUUGUAAACUAUGAUUCCAUCAAUUUUGGUGUGGCUGUGGAGAGAGGGCUGUUUGUUAGUGAGCCUAGUGGAACGUUGCCGGCUCUGGUUCGCUGGUGGAACGGAAUUGGAGGAAUCCUGGACUUCACUAACCCAAAUGCCCAGGAGUGGUUCUCCAGUCAUCUAGAAAGGAUGAAAGCCCGCUAUGGCGUGACCUCAUUUAAAUUUGACGCUGGAGAAACCAGCUAUCUCCCCCGUCAGUUCAGCACAUACGCACAUCUGUCUGACCCCUCCACCUUCACCCGCCGCUACACCGAAAUGGCCACGCCUUUCAGCGAGCGAGCAGAGCUCCGGGUGGGGUACCAGAGUCAAAACAUCUCCUGUUUCUUCAGGAUCAUCGACAGGGACUCAGUGUGGGGUUAUGAACUGGGACUGAAAUCCAUCAUUCCAACCGUGCUCACCAUUGGACUCCUGGGGUACCAGUUUGUUUUGCCUGAUACGAUAGGAGGAAACGCAUACCCGGACCACAUGGCAGGCAACAAGAAUGACCUUCCCGACAGAGAGCUGUACAUCAGGUGGCUGGAACUUGCUGCUUUCAUGCCCGCCAUGCAGUUUUCUAUCCCGCCGUGGGCCUACGAUGAUGAAGUGGUGGAGAUCGCAAAAAAGUUCACGCUCCGCCAUGAGACCCUGGUGGCCCCCAGAGUGCUGGAACUGGCAGGGGAGGUGCUGGACACGGGGGAUCCUAUCAUCCGGCCCCUCUGGUGGAUCGCCAAUGACGACGAGGCAGCUUACAAGAUUGACUCCCAGUUUUUGAUCGGGGAUGACCUGAUGGUGGCGCCGGUGCUGGAGCCUGGGAAGAAAGAGAGGGACAUCUACCUUCCGGCAGGGCGUUGGAGUAGCUACAAGGGGGAAUACAAAGGGCCCAUGUACCUCACUGACUACCCUGUGGAUCUGGAUGAGAUCGCAUACUUCACUUGGGUUCACUAAGAAGAGAACUCUAGCAUCUUUGCACAAUCACAUUUACUGGAGAAUGUGUCCCAUGACCUCUGCUGCUCUAGAAUGUAGCUCAUGCCUUUAAUCUGCCUUCCCCCUGGGCUCCUGCUUGCGCAUUGGCCCGAAAAAUGAGAAUGAUGUUUAUAGCUCAUUUUCACUGUGCUGAGUGCUGUGGAGGCUGGAGCUAAGUCAUGAUGAUGAGAAAGGGAAAACUGCUGACCCACACUACUGACUUCCACUAGCCUUUUCAUUUCAAUAAGCUAUUGUGGUCCUCGUGUCUGUCCUGCUGUAGACCAGUAGGGAAAUUUGAAAUGGGGUUUACCUUCAGUGGUAAAGGUUCCAUAAGCCAUUUUUGAUCGAACAUUUUUACUGUUGGGUUUAUGUAAAACUGAACGUGACUGGUCGUAGCUUGUGCGGUAUUCUAGCUACCCAGUUCUGCACCUGCUAGUUUGUCUCACUAAGUUAGCGUUGCCUAGCUAAUGGGAAGCACUUGGGUUAGUAAAGUACUAAAGCAGAGUUACUGCAGUAAGUGAUUGCUGUCAACUGUCGCCUCAAAAAAAUGGAUGAAUGAUGCGCUGCAAUGCUUCCUGUGGAUUUUUGCUCUGUGCCUCUCCCUUGACUGUGUUGUUUCAGAAUUUCUCUCCUCUUUGUAAGGAACUUUUAAAGCUUCCUUUCCAUUUGAACCUGUAUGUAAUUUAGUUUGAGUCUCUUGAAUGACUUGCACUGAAAUGGCAAUAACUCUCUCUAAUUGUAUAUUAGCAUACUAGUUAAUUCACACUCAUUAAAAAAAACAACUUCUUUCUACUUAAUAUGGUUAUUACUAGUUGAUGGUGCUGGUUAUUUUAGACACUUGUGAAUGUAAGGGAGGUUUGUUUGGUAGUGUCUUUUCUCGUUCCAUAGAAGUGCCACAACCACAAGUCUCGUCAGCUUGUAUUAAACAAUGACAUCUCUUAUAGAGUUUUUUUUUUUUUUUUUUGUAAUGAAGCACAAAUGAUUCUUCAGCAAUCGAUUAUACACCAGCCACCUCUUUCAAACAUUGCGUUUGUGACUGGUUAAUUUAAGAUCUGAACUUAAUUUGGAAUGUAAUUAAGAUUAAAAACUCUACAGGGGAAAACAUUGUUAUGGGUACAACCAUAAAAUGUUGGUUUUUGAUGUCUCAGCAUUUCUUUCCAUUUACUACUUUUAAUCAUCAGUGCAUACCACAGAACAGGAAUGUGAGCUCCACCAUGGGUGACAAAAUGGCACUUUAAGUUGCUUAAUGCUGGUGAUCAUAAUCCUAUGGCUUAUUAGUUGAACAUAUUUCCUGUGAAGAAAGCCAAAUCAUCUUUCCAGAGCGGACACACGCUGUGCCAUAGCCAACACAUUGCCUCCUUAAAUGACUGUGAACCUUUAAAUACACAGUGUCGUCAGCUCGAUGACAAAGCUUGAUAUUGUUGUGUAUGAAGGACCCGUCCAUGUUGACCCAAAACGUUGGGUUGAUGAAAGCAGAAGAUGAUGCAGGAACACAAGAGCCGCUUGGUUGCAUGCUGUCUUAAUCUGGGGAGCACUGCAUGAAUAUAAAGUAUUUUGAAAUGAGAGUAAGAAAUGUAAUUAUUUGUGGGGUUUGUCUCUUUCAUUGCCGAUAGACAAGGAGAUUGAACUACUGUACAGACUGGUUGAGAGAUUAUAUUGUGGGGUUUUAUUGAUCUAUUUUUCGUUUUAUGU